CCAGUGACUGUUACAACACACCCUCACACUGAGGAGGAGCGCGCCACAGAGCAGUGACUGGGACUAACACUCACACAGUGACCGUCGUGGGAGAGAGAGAGAGAGAGAGAGAGAGACAGACAGACAGAUGGGGCAGAGGGUGGACGGGACAUGUUGUCAAACAGACUGGACAGAACGCCACUAUGCCACGGAGCUCCCCGACUGAGCUGUGAAGACACUGACCAGGGGGGACGUACUUCACAGGACUCCUGAGAUGGACUCGUCUCAACUCACACAGCGAUGAGGACUUAUUGGUGGAGCUCGGCCCCACGGCUCAGAGAGGUGAUUUUGCUGGCAGGCUUAUCAGACUCCAUGCCUGCACUGUUGGAACUUACAAGAGACUUCUAAGGCCCCUCAGUGAGCCAGAGGAGCAGGUGGGUGAGUCAUGGCUGAGAUGGAGCACCUGGCAGCAGGGAGGCCGGGCCACGAUCCGCCGGUCCGCCCGAGGCCCGAGCUGGCCUGGGUGCAGCGCCGCACGCUGGACGACCAGGUGGAGCUGUGGUGGUUCGGCGAGCCGCGCGUCUCGCUGCUCUGCUACGGGGCGUCGGUGGCCCUGGUGCUGGGCCUGGGCCUGGGCGGCGUGGGCCUGCUGUCCAGCGCCUCCGCGGCGCCGGGCCGCUCCGCCGCCGGCUGGCGCCUGGGCGUGGGCUCGGCCCUGUGCCUGCUGGCGCUGGCCGUGCUCCUCAAGCAGCUGCUCAGCUCGGCCGUGCAGGACAUGGGCUGCGUGCGGAGCCGGCGGCGCGUGGAGCUGCUGCGGAGCGGCGGGCGCAUGGACCCGCCGCUGCUGCUGGCCGCCGGGCUGGGCACGGCCGCGUGCGGCGCCGCCCUGCUGGGCCCGGCCGGCGACGACGACAUGCUGCCCGCCGGCGCCGUCCUCCUGGCCUGCGGGGGCGCUGUGGCGCUGGGCGUGGGGGCGUACACCGCCGCCGCGCUCUGGAGCAGCCGCAGGGACGUCAGGAGGAGGAGCAGGUGGAGGAGGAGAGGCAGGCGGAGGAGGGUCAGGGUGUACAACGUCACCGGGCCAAACCCACAGCCAUGGAGAGACUCGGCAUCGAGCCAGGCCAGCUUGAUAUGAGUGAGGACGAGAGAGGACAGAGGAACACAGGGAUGGAGGGAGCAGCAGACAGAAGAAGAGGAAUACAAGACUGUUGUGUGGAGUCAGAAGAAGUGAUGAAUAGAAGAGGUGUAUUCCCAAGUGCCCAGUCAUUCUUCAUUCGGCCCUAAUAUCUUCAUAUUCACACCUCCACAGUCUUUGCUCAUCAGGAAUCAGGUCACACACAAACCUGCUUCCCUUUGAUAGUGAUCAUCUGAGCCAGGCUAAAUUAAGAGAUUCAUUACUUUGAUUCCCCUGCAGUAGAUCAAAAAUACCAGGAUGGCAUGUACUGUUUGAGGCAAGGUUAUUUUAUGAGCUGAAUUUAACAGAGACUCUGUCCAUCCAGUUCAUUGUGUAGAUUAGAACAAUGUGAGUUGUGCACCUGUUACAUAACUUUAUUCUCUUUUUAUGUUUUUUCACCUAGUGACUCAUUUUGCUGUUCUAGCUACUGUUAAUUUGGUGUGUUUCACAUAAAAAGUAGCCCAGUGAUUAUUUGUAGUUUGUGGUUUUGACAUUUUAUUUGGUUUUGUUAUGAAAUCAAACAUCAUUUCAAACAUAAUUUAUAAUUCUCCCAUAAAAUAUGUAUUUAUUUUUACUCCCACAUAUUUUCACCAAUGCCAGUAUGUAAUAUGAUUGUGUUUCUUGGCCAAGCACACACUGCGCGUCCUUACUGUAUAUUUACACUGUCACUGGCAGUGGCAGACUCCACUUGGUGAGCUAUAAAUACGCACGAUUACGCUAAACAAAAAAAUCAACAUCACCACGACAGCGCAGUCAGUCCGUUGACACAUGCCAUGAUUUAAGGUCACCCUCAUCCGAUGGUGAACUGGUCGAGGUCCAGUUCAUCAUCGUCGCUGUCUUCCACCGCGUACCUCUGCUGUUCCCGUUCCCUCUCCGCCCUCGCUCUCUCUCCGGCCUGGAUGUAGUUAUCCUCGAUGAAGCCG